CGCAUGUGUGUCAUUUUCAUGUGAACGCUUUGGAGCAAUUAAAGGAAAGGUCGCGACAUUUGACUGGACGGACUAACUUUCUGGGAGAGGAUACGACAUCUUUCAGGAGGAAUCUAAGCGGUACCAUUUGAAGGAGCGCUGUCACUGCUCUUUGGAUCAAGGCAGUGGCUUUAAAUCUGAUCACUAUCAAGAGUCUUUCGUCCUGAUUUGGGUCAUCGCAGGUGUCGCCGGCUCCUGCUUUUCAUCAAUCAAAGAUGACAGAGAGGGCAAAAUGGUGGAAGGCCUUCAUGCCAAAGAAGAAGCCGGGGGGGCCCAAGGAGCCGAGUUCCCCCCACUCUUAUGCAGACUUCGACCCUUUUGCACAAGACAAGUCCAAAGAGUCCAAGACCACCGCCGACCAGUCUCUGUCCCAGCAGGAGUCCACCAACGGCUCCUGCCUGUUCAGCGACGAGCUCUACGACGACUCCCACAUGGACUCCCUCUUCAACGAGCAGACUUGCCGCAGAAACAUGAAAGUGUCCCGCUCCGGCCGGUUUAAAGAGAAGCGGAGGGCGCGCAUUAGCCUCCCCGUCGAGGAUAAAGGCACCGAGAACGUGGCGCCGGCCAAGGACGACGUUCGGUGAUUGAUGGCUGAGAAGAGGCGACGGAUGGUGAAAAAAAAAAAAAAAAAAAAAAAUGACUUGACAAAGAUGAGAAGGCUUCCUUCCCUUGAGGUGUACAGAAGGUUCUGGAGGUGGGUUGCGAUGGCGACGAGGAAGACGACAAGUAGCAGAGACGAGCGAGCGCAGGGUCACAGAAAAGAUGGGUAUAUAGUCAGAUGUUGUCAUAGCAAGCCCGUUAUGUGAAAUUGUGUGGUGUCCUCUUUUUUUUUUUAAUGUAAAUUAUUGCCCUUCACCUGCAUGCGUGAUAGACUUUGAAUAUGUGUUUAAAUGAAGGAUUUCUGCAAAAAAAAAAAAGCUUUUAUGAAGGUCUUGAGGGAUAAUUGUGACGUCAAUAAUUUGUUAAGAGUGGAACUUAAGUGCCUUAUGUUGUUGGUUUGUCUGUGUGUGUGUUUUUUUUUAAUGAAGGAUGUAAAUCUAGCAGGUUUUUACAACAAUGGGUUUUAGCAGAGGUGUGUAUUAUGAAGUCGAGCACUGAUGUUGUAUCCAGAAGAACAAGAUUUGCUGAGAUGUGACCCCGCCUCUGAGGGUUGGCUUUUGUUUUCACGUUGCGCCGUGUUUAGAUCACCUGUAAAUGUUGAAAUGAAGGGAACACGCGCAAUAAAUCCAAUUGUUGCUUCA